AUGAGUAAAAGCACCGGAGGAGGAUCGUUCGCGGCGUCGACGUCUCCGUCGUCGUUUUGUCUGAAGACGCUCCUGCCGUUGCUCGCGCUCGCGUACUUACUCCUCCUCGCGGAGGAGUUUCCUACGUUUAACAACGCGAAUUCGGUUGCGCGCGCGACGAAUACUGGAGGAUACAGCGACGAGAGAAACAUCUUGUGCGACGUCGGGGUUCCGGAGUUUCUCGUCUUCGUCGACGCCGGGUCGACGGGAUGUCGCGCGCACACGUUUCGCGUCAACUACUCCGCGGAUGAUGAAGACGAAGGAGAAGAAGGAAUGAGUUCGUCGGGAAGCGACGAUAAAACGAGGUUGUUCUCGCUGACGACUGUAGGGAAGAAAGUGAAAAGUUUGCACCCGUUGGCGUCUCUGCGCGGGAAGAGCGAAAAGGACAUCGAAACCGCACUUCUGCCGAUGUUGGAAGGCGCGAUGCGGAAAAUCGAAGCCAUUGAAGAGGAAGAGAAGACGAACGGGAAGAGGAAAAGGAGGAGGAGGAGGUCACCAAUAACGACGAGUUUUGGGAAAGGAGAGCAGAGUGAAGGGAAAAGCCGAGUGCCUUUGUACGUCUGGGCGACGGCCGGGAUGCGGAUUUUGACGGAGAAGGAGCAGAAAGAGUUGUGGCGUUCCGUCGCUUCGGUCGCGCGAAAAGCGACGCCGAGAUUCGCCAUCGGGCGGGAAGAGGAGCAUUUUAAAACUAUCGAUGGGGAAGACGAAGGUUUUUACGCGUGGUUAGCGGCGAAUUAUUUAGUUGGGGUAGACGUGACGAGUAUCGGAGCGGACGUCGAUGGUUUCGGAGGGUUGACGGAGGAGGAGAGGAAUCGAUUGUUUAGAGAGAUGAACAACGCGAGGAAGCCGUUGGAGGAAUCGGUCGGGGCGAUUGACGUCGGUGGCGGGUCCGCGCAAGUUGUCACGCUAAGUGCGAGUGGGUUUAUGAGAAAGACGAAGAAGAUUACGAGCAUGGAGCAGUUGAGGAAAGCGGUGCGCGUGAAAUCGUAUUUAGGCUACGGGGCGAAUCACAUGGAAAAGAGAUGGCGGGAAGCGUUGGCAGAGAGAGGCGAGAAGAGAGAUCCGUGCGGGUUUAUCGGGUACGAGGCGAAAACGUCCUCGAAUGCAAUUUUGAUCGGGUCCGGGGAGUAUGAAAAGUGCGCGUUAGGCCUGAAGAAACAGAUCCAAAAGAUGCUGGCAGAAGAUGGGAACGGCGACAUGAGAUUGCCGAAAGCCUCGUUGAGCGAAGACGUCGGCCAGACGAAAAAAUUUUUGGGCAUGAGUUUACUCUAUCACGUGACGCACUUCAUCUCUGUCGUGAUGCCGUCGUCGUUGGUGACGUUCCCGAAACCGACGCUAUUGGAAAUAGCGGACGCGGGGAAAUCGUUGUGCGCGACGACUUGGAGCGUUGUCUCGUCUGAUUUCGACGGGAAGGAUCCGAACACGCCGUCGGAUAGGUUGAACGGAAGAUGUUUCGACGUCGCGCUUUUAGACGCGUUGUUGAGCAUAGACGAGAAUUCCAACACGGUUGGUUUUGGGUUUCCGAAAUACAGCGCGGGAGUGAGUAGCGACGAUUCCAGCAACGGUUUGCGAAUGAUUGAAUACGCCGAAGAUGUCAACGGAUCCGAGGUGGAGUGGACGUUAGGUGCGGCGAUUAGCGAGAUCCAUCCUGCAGCUAAAGCGCAAGCGAGCGGACCUGGCGGCGACGCGGCUGAGUUUGAGCAAACGUGCGACAUUCGCUCGUCGUUUGCGACUGUUACGGGCGUGUUUAAGAAAAUGCUCGCGAUUGUUUUCGUGGCGAUUGGUUUGUUUUCGUUGUACUCGGCGAGAGCGGUGAGCAACCUAUCGUCGUCCGGGAACAGUUUUUCCUCGUCCGCGAGUUUAUCGUCGCAAGUAUGA